AUGCAAAACAUAGAACUCAAAACCGCAAAACGAGCUCUAGACGCGUCGACGGCCGUACCAGGGAAAUACGACGGCUACUUUUCGCUAGCUUCCAAGGCUGGUUAUAGCGGUGUCGCUGUGUACACCAAUUCGCACAAAGUGCGCGCUCUCAAAGCAGAAGAGGGCCUCAGCGGAGGCGUGCAGCCCAAGCCUCCACUGACACCGCAAGAACGCGUCUCACAAACCUACCCGGCAGUCUCACGAAUCAAUCUCAUGGCCAACGACGAUGGUUCUAUACCUUCGUCGCUACUCGAGCUUGACAAGGAGGGCCGUGCGCUUGUACUCGACUUUGGCAUGUUCGUUCUCAUCAACGUCUAUUGUGUGGCCGACUCAGCAGACGUACGUUACCAUUAUAAGAUGAACUUCUACUACCUGCUCCAAGAACGGGUACGGAUACUGAUUGAGGAGGAGGGAAGGGAGGUGAUUGUGCUCGGUGAUCUAAACUCGACUGCAGCUCCGAUUGACCAUGUUGAGGCUGGCCUCCCCAAGUACCGUGAUGUGUUCUAUGAACCACUCCAUCGGUCUUGGUUGCGAGAUUGGAUCUCUCCAGUGGGCCCUCUUGUAGACAUUGUGCGAGAACGGUUUCCAACACGAGAGGGAAUGUAUACGUGUUGGAACACAAAGAUCAACGCACGUGAAGGCAACUAUGGCACCCGCAUCGACCUCAUUCUUAUAACACCAGGGCUACGUCAGUGGGUCAAGGAAGCGGACAUUCAACCAUCCAUCAAGGGUUCAGAUCAUUGUCCAGUAUUCAUUGACCUAUAUGAUUCAAUCACAGACGAGAACGGACGACUUCACCGACUAUCUGAUCACCUUCAUGAUCCCUCUGCGCCAUCCACUGUUUCUAGUAUCGUUGGUUCCAAUGCUACUGUGCAGCCUGGUGUCAUACCGCGAAUUUGUGCGCGCCAGUGGGACGAGUUCUCUGCCAAGCAAACCCUUCUUUCUACGUACUUUUCCAAGCCUAAAGGAGCCGCCAAGAAAGCUCCAAGUUCCUCCCAGACGGGCGCCCUAAACCGUGCUCCGUCGACGGCGGAGGCGCUCUCAGUGUCGUCCGAUUCGUCGCACGUCGCCAUCGAUCACACCAACGCACAUAAUAUCAGCAACCGUGGCGGGGCAGACGUCGUUAUGUCGGAGCAAACGACUGGAGCAUUGAGCGAGACCACUGCCCAACGGAGCAAUCACAAGGACAACGCCCAACUAUAUGAGGAAGAGAUGACGCAAGAGACACACGUCAGCUAUUCGGAAGCGCGUGGGAUCCUCGAUGCGACUUCUGCUCCUGAGGGUGAGAGCACCAUGGGCGGGCGGGCGUCAUCGCCUCUUUCUUCCGCUGCCGGGGAUACGGGCGAAAGAUGUGUGGAAGAUGGGUCUCAAUCCACGUCGAAUGACACAAGUGCACCUAUAAUCGAACGCUCAAUGUCGGUGUCGUCGAGUGGCAGGGCAAUGGGUGCAAGUUCAAAUCCGGAGACAAACCGCAAUGCCAAGAAGCGGAAACGUUUGGAUGAUUCGGGACAAAUGAAGAGAGUAAAGACGGAUCGGGACGGGCAAUCGAAACUGUCGUCGUUCUUUCAAGGCAAGCCGUCUGGGAGCGGUUCCAAGUCGAAUCCUCGCAAAUCUAAACUCGAAACCGACCGAUCCAAGUCGAUUGAACUUGUAGACGAUGAUGAUGACGAGGAGAACGACGAAAGGUUUCAGCGAGAUUUACGACUUGCGACAAUGUUGUCCCAAUCGUCGUCGAUUUCGAGCGGACACUCGCCCACUGCGACUACGACGACCGGCUUGGGCGGGAGUAAAGAUGCAUGGUCGAAUUUAUUGGGCCCACUUCAACCACCGAACUGUAUAGUGCACAACGAGCCGACAAAGAUGCUUACCGUCAACAAGCCGGGGCCGAACAAGGGCAAAACAUUCUUUGUGUGUUCGCGACCAGUCGGACCUGGAUAUGACAUGGGGAAGAGCAAGCGACCCCGGGAUGAAGUUGAUAGUCGAUUCAAGUGCGAUUUCUUCAAGUGGUCGUCGGAGUAA